GCGACUAAGAAAAAAUUUCACGAGUCCUUGCAUUUCCAUCACCACCUUUGGACAUCUAAAAGCCGGAAAUCUGACAACAAUGAGCUCUCAUCAGAAAGGGAAGCCAUCCUCCGGAGGCUCUCUCUCUCUGAGAACCUCGAAUAAACUGAGGCGGAAGUCUCUUCAUGUCACGCAGAAAAAGGAGGCCAACAAAUCCCGCCACGAGGAACGGCACCGACGGCGCAAAGAAGAGGCCAAGGACCCCGAGUUGAGAAGGGUACGGCUCGAGAACAAUCAGCCGGCUAGCAUCGAUAAGAAGAGAAUAUGGGACGAUGGCGACGAUGACAGUCUUGGCGCAGUCGUAAACGUUGCCCAAUUGAAACGUCGACGUCUCGAAGAAGCCGAGGCUACGGCGGCGAGAGAGGCCGACGGGAUCCAAGAUAACCUAUCCGACGACAACGAUGACGACGUUGAUAGCAUGCUUGGGUCUGACGACGAGCCUAAACCCGACGGAGAGGAUGGGGAGGACGAGGAAGACGAUGCAAAGACAGAGCGGGAUCAAAGCCGGCGGGUGCAACGGACCCCGAGCCUUGCUCCAUCGACGGCUUCAACGAAUCUAGACCUGACCCCAGAUUCUUUGGCGACAGAGUUCAAGCAUCUCUUUGCCGAAGAGCCCUCGCAGUUUCCGAAGAUAUUGGUAACAACUGGAAUUAAUGCAACCAUACACAAGGAGGCGCAAGACAUUGCCGAACUCUUCCCCAAUACUACCUACAUUAGGCGAAGCGCACAUUUUCAUUCGCACAAGUACAGCGUCAGGGAGAUCGCCAAGUUUGCCAAGAACCGAGGUUUCACGGCCCUUGUCGUUGUCCACGAGGAUCUGAAAAAGCCAAGUCAACUUACAAUCUGCCACUUGAACUCCGAGGCAUCUACACUUGGCCCGACUCUUACGUACACUAUCCGGGGAUAUCAACCUGGAAAGAGUCUUCUUGGCCAUGGAAACCCAACAAACCAUUACCCUGAGCUCCUUCUCAACGGCUUUCAGACACCUUUGGGUCUUCUUGCCGCCAAAUCUCUGUACACCCUUUUCCCCGCCAAGCCGGAGCUUGGUGGCAGACAAGUUGUAACGUUGCACAAUCAACGCGAUUACAUCUUUGUCCGCCGGCAUAGAUACGUUUUCCGUGAGGCUCGACCAACCGAGAAGAACGUUGUGGGAGCCGAUGGUAAGGAGCUGGAGGGGCUUCAGGGCAUCCGUGCCGGCCUCCAAGAGAUUGGACCCAGAAUGACCUUGAAACUUCGCAGAGUAGACAAGGGGAUAGGAAGGGCAGGCAGCGAGGGCGAGGAUGCUCUUAAGUGGGAGUGGAAAGCCAAGAUGGAGAAGAAGAGAACACGGUUCAAUCUUUAGUUGGCCUUACGCCAUAUCCAGGCAAUUCCUAGAGAGAAGCAAAAUUAGAUACCCUUCACGGAUUUCGAUGCAUCCGUACUACUGAAGGACAACUUGACAUUGAUGAUGCAUCGCAGACA